GGCUGGUAUCGAAAUCCUGACCUCAGGCGAUCCACCCGCCUAGGCUUCCCAAAGUGCUGGGAUUACAGGUGUGAGUCACUGCGCCCGGCCAAUGUUUGUAUUUUUUUGUAGCGAAAGGGUUUUGCCAUGUUGCCCAGGUUGGCCUCAAAUUCCUGGGCUCAAGCAAUUCACCCUCCUAAGCCUCCCAAAGUGCUGGGAUUAUAGGUGUGAGCCACAGCGCCUAGCCUUCUUUCUGUUUUCAUUUUGUUACCUCUCGUUAUUUCCUCACUCCUCUUUGGUCUCUCUCACCCCCUCUACCAAGACCGCUCUUUUUUUUUUUUUUUUUUUUUUUUUUUUUGAGACAAGUCUUGCUCUGUCGCCCAGGCUGGAGUGCAGUGGUGCAAUCUCGGCUCACUGAAACUUCUGCCUCCUGGGUUCAAGCAAUUCUCCUGCCUCAGCCUUCCAAGUAGCUGGGCUUACAGGCUUGUUCCACCACACCGAGCUAAUUUUUGUAUUUUAGUAGAGAUGGGGUUUCACUAUGUUGGCCGGGUUGGUCUCAAACUCCUGACCUCAGGUGAUCCACCUGCCUUGGCUUCCCAGAGUGCUAGGAUUACAGGUGUGAGCCACUGUGCCUGGCCCCCAAGACCACUCUUGCCGAGGCCAUGACCCCAGCUCACCAAGGUUGCCCAUGACCCCAGUUUGCCAAGCUGAGUCUCUGUCCUCAGUCUUUGCCUGGCCCAACAGCACCACCCAACACAGGUGGCCACUCUCUACAUGAAACAUUUUCUUUACUUUCUAGGACCCAACUUUCCUGGUUUUCCUCUACUUCACUGCCCCACUCAUCCCAGUCUUCCUUUUGAUGCCUCCUCUUCUUCUUUCUGCCCUCUGAAUCCUAGGGGGGUUAGUCCUGUGCGCUCUUAUCUGUCUUCUCUCAGUCUCCUGGGGAUCUCACCAGUCUCAUAGCUUUAAAUGGUCAUCAAAGAACAAUGACUCCUACAUUUAAAUCUCCAGCCCGGUCUCUCCCCUACACUCAGAUUUAUACAUCUAAUUGUCUACCCAACAUUUCCAGUAGGAUACUUAAAAAAAAAAGUAUUCUAUUUAUUUAUUUAUUUUGAGGGGGAGGCUCGCUCUGUAGCCCCAGCUGGAGUGCAUUGGCACAAUUUCGGUUCACUGCAACCUCUACCUUCCAGGUUCAAGCAGUUCUCCUGCCUCAGCCUCUUGAGUAGCUGGGACUACAGGCACACGCCACCAUGCUUGGCUAAUUUUUGUAUUUUUAGUAGAGACAGGGUUUCACCAGGUGGCCAGGCUUGUCUGGAACUCCUGACCUCAGGUGAUUCGCCUGCCCCGGCCUCCCAAAGUGCUGGGAUUACAGGCGUGAGCCACUGCGCCCGGCUACAGGGAGACUUUUAAGCGGCGUCUCCCAAGAACAGGGGUUCGCCAGCAUGGCAAGAGGAGGGCAAAGCGAAUUAGGGUAGGAGGUGAAGAACAGUUAAUCCAAUCAAAUGGAAGACGUCGAGUGGCGCGAGCACUGGGGUGUGAGCGCGAGGGUCAGGGUUCCAGCGCCAGGCAGGGUUGCAGCACGUUGGAAGCGAACUGGAGUUUGGAAUGUCUCUCCCAGUCAACCGGGAAAGACGCAGCGCUGCCCUAAUGCACUGGCCACCCCAGACCGUAUGCACAACGUUGGGUUGGCAGCUUCUACACCAGGAAAGGCACCCGAAACCCCGGCGCGGCAGCUGGGGAGGGGCUGCCCCCAGCCAGGCACCCGCGAGUCCUGGGGCAGCCGCGGCUUUGGGCAGAACCAUUCUCCGGAGAUGGAGAGGGCAGAAAAAAUCUUUCGCUCCCAUCCCAACUCGGAGCCAUCCGGAACUUGCACUCGCCCUUCUUGCCCUCCUUUUCUUACUGUGCUCUGUUCCGUCACCACUAGCUCCCCUCCCGCGCGGCUCUGAGUCCCGCUUGCCACUAGUUGCUUCUCGGCAGCCCCCACCCCUACGCGUGGUCCGGCCCGGCGGCUGGCGCAGGUUAUAAAGGUCCCGCCGCAGCAGCGGACAGCUGACUCGAGAUGCGCCCGAAGAGGUCGGGCCGGUGCUGCGCGGGGAGCCGGCUCGGACCCGGGGACCCAGCAGCCCUCACCUGUGCACCUUCGCCCUCAGCCAGUCCCGCUCCGGAGCCCUCUGCGCAGCCGCAGGCACGGGGCACUGGACAGAGAGCAGGAUCCCUAGCCGCCUCUGGAUCCCAGUUCCUCUCGGAAGCCCGCACCGGAGCUCGCCCGGCCUCCGAGGCUGGAGCCAAGGCAGGAGCCCGGCGCCCGUCCGCAUUCUCGGCCAUCCAAGGGGAUGUCCGGUCUAUGCCCGACAAUUCGGACGCGCCGUGGACCCGCUUCGUAUUCCAAGGGCCGUUUGGUUCCCGGGCCACUGGCCGGGGGACUGGAAAGGCAGCGGGCAUCUGGAAGACGCCAGCCUCCUACGUUGGCCGGCGACCCGGGGUGUCCGGCCCUGAGCGCGCCGCCUUUAUUCGGGAGCUGGAGGAAGCACUGUGUCCUAACCUACCUCUGCCAGUCAAAAAGAUCACCCAGGAAGACGUCAAAGUGAUGUUAUAUUUGCUGGAGGAGCUUCUCCCACCUGUCUGGGAGAGCGUUACCUAUGGGAUGGUCCUUCUGCAGAGAGAGAGGGACCUGAACACUGCAGCUCGCAUUGGCCAGUCCCUGGUGAAACAGAACAGUGUUUUGAUGGAGGAGAACAGCAAGCUGGAAGCCCUGCUGGGCUCAGCCAAGGAGGAGAUUUUACACCUCAGACACCAGGUGAACUUGCGGGAUGAGCUCCUCCAGCUCUACUCAGAUUCUGAUGAGGAGGAUGAGGAUGAAGAAGAGGAGGAGGAAGAGGAACAGGAAGAAGAGGAAGCAGAGGAAGACCAGCAGUGUGCUCAUCCCUGUGAUGCCCCUAAGCUGAUUUUGCAGGAGGCAUUGCUGCACCAGCACCACUGCCCACAGCUGGAAGCCUUGCAGGAGAAGCUGAGGCUGCUGGAGGAGGAGAAUCAUCAGCUGAGAGAAGAGGCCUCUCAACUCGACACUCUUGAGGAUGAGGAACAGAUGCUCAUUCUGGAGUGUGUGGAGCAGUUUUCGGAGGCCAGCCAACAGAUGGCUGAGCUGUCAGAGGUGCUGGUGCUCAGGCUGGAAAACUAUGAACGGCAGCAGCAGGAGGUCGCUCGGCUGCAGGCCCAGGUGCUGAAGCUGCAGCAGCGCUGCCGGAUGUAUGGGGCUGAGACUGAAAAGUUGCAGAAGCAGCUGGCUUCAGAGAAGGAAAUCCAGAUGCAGCUCCAGGAAGAGCUGCAGGACCUGCGGGAGAAGUACAUGGAUUGUGGGGGCAUGCUGAUUGAGACGCAGGAGGAGGUGAAGACCCUCCGCCAGCAACCCCCGGUGUCCACUGGGUCUGCCACCCAUUACCCAUACAGCGUGCCUCUGGAGACUCUUCCUGGUUUCCAGGAGACGCUGGCUGAGGAGCGCAGAACGUCUCUAAGGAGGAUGAUCUCAGACCCUGUGUAUUUUAUGGAGAGGAAUUAUGAGAUGCCCAGAGGGGACACAUCCAGCCUAAGGUAUGAUUUUCGCUACAGUGAGGAUCGAGAGCAGGUGCAGGGGUUUGAGGCUGAGGAAGGGUUGAUGCUGGCAGCGGAUAUUAUGCGGGGGGAAGAUUUCACGCCUGCGGAGGAGUUGGUGCCCCAGGAGGAGCUGGGGGCUGCCAAGAAGGUGCCGGCUGAGGAAGGGGUGAUGGAAGAGGCAGAGCUGGUGUCAGAGGAGACCGAGGGCUGGGAGGAGGUGGAACUGGAGCUGGAUGAGGCAACGCGGAUGAACGUGGUGACAUCAGCCCUGGAGGCCAGCGGCUUGGGCCCUUCACACCUGGACAUGAAUUAUGUCCUCCAGCAGCUGGCCAACUGGCAAGAUGCCCAUUACAGGCGGCAGCUGAGGUGGAAGAUGCUCCAGAAAAGUGAGUGCCCCCACGGGGCCCUCCCUGCCGCCAGCCGGACAAGCUGCAGAUCGUCGUGCCGAUGAAAAGAGAGGGUGGAUAAGCUCCCGGAGUGCUCACCUGCCCCAGCCUGGCCCUACCUGCUGUGCUUAUUUGCAUGGACUUUGCAUAUCAUUUGCAUAGACACCUCUGAUCCCCUUCAGUGGGAACCGUAGUGUCAGUGCUCAUUUAUGUGGCAUUUGCUUAGGAUUCCAGAUCUCCAUCCACUUUUCUCCUGGGGGCUGGGCUGGGGGUCAGGGCUGGGACUGUGCCCCCACACUGCACCUCAGCUUCCCAUCUCUGCCCGCUUGCCUCCCCUGCCCCCAACCCCUGCCUCCUCUAUCCCCCAGGCUCUCCAACUCUGCAGCAGUGGCAGCAGCAGUCAAAACAAACACGGGGGUGGUGGGUGGGAUGGUGGAGCAGCCCAGGGGCUGACCCAGGCUGGAGGACAGGGCCAGCCACCCUCCCACGGCCUGGGAGGAAGAGAGGCCUUCUGGGACUGCCCAGCCUAUGGGGACAAAGGCCUUCACCAGCAAGGGCCACAGUUGGAACAGUCCCCUGGGUGUCAGAAGGUGGGCUAGGGCCUCCUGCAGGGUUGUGGGGUGGAACAGGGUCUCCUCUCCCCAGCCAGAAACCCCAAAGUCUGGGAGCUGCACUUGCCGAGUGCAGGCCAUGUGAGCCCUGCCUCUUUAAGGAGCCGCAGGACAUGAAAGAUGACCUUGUGACACUCAUGCACAGCAGCCAUUGCACGUGCGUCAGCUCCCAUCAGCCUCACUCUGUGGCAGGUGAUGUGUCCCCAUUGGUUAGGUGAGGAGGUGAGGCUCAGAGAGCUAAGGACACUUGUUUGGGGCCACACAGCCAGGGGUAGAUCUGAGCCCGUCCUCUCUACUCCUGUGCUGUAGCACCUUCACUGGCUCAUCCCUCCCCUCUAGUGCUGUCCUGGUACCCGUCCCAGUCUGUCCCCAUUCUCAUGGCCCUUUGGUCACUGCCGGGUGGAAUAGCACUGGCUUCAGCAGGCGUGUCAUGUAAGCUUGUGCAGGUUAUAAACUGAACCAUGACCUUUAUGGCGCAUGCAGGGGGCAACCUGCAUAAUUAUCAAUGGCGACUUUCCGUGUCCUUCUGAUACAGUUGAUCAGACCCCUGCCCACCGCCCAGGCCAGGCCUGUGGUCAUCAAUGCCCCAGUUCACAUCCACCUGCUUCUCUUCCAGGCUUUGCUGUUCCCCAGCAGCCUGCAGAGGCCCCACAGACAGCUUGAGGCCCCUCCUUCUGCUGCCUGGCCAAGCCCCACACCCGCAGACCCUCCUUCCCAUCCUCUGAAAUGGGACCCUGUGUCUGUCACCAGCCCACCCUCUGUGUUCAUGAACCUGGGCUGGAGCUUGGGGACCCCUCCCUGCCCCUGGCUUCCUCUUCCAUGUUCUGCCCUUUCCCACAUGUUGGAGGCUUUUCCAACGUCUUCAGGGACAGGCGGUAGGAACCCCGGCCCUCGCUCUGCAGCUGGUGCAAAAGCUGUGGCUGCCAGGCCUGGGCCACAUAGCAGCCCAGGGGGCAGGAGAAGCCCGGGAGAGGCCCACUGGCUACCAGACUCAGCCCUGAGCAGGGAACAGGGCCCAGCUUCCACCGGCAGGGAGUUGUGAGCGCCCUCCCAACAAUGUGCCCCUCACCCCUUGAUGCCCAUGCUAAUGGUGGCCACCCUGGUUCUUGUUGACUUGAGGGACCUGGCUGUCUUCCCUGUUCUUCAUCCUUUCUUCUCAGUCCCUACCUACUGUUUGUAACCACAAGUGUCUCUGUGUGUGGGUGGGUGAGGGCCCCUCUGCCCAGUGGUGUGUCUCCUCUCCCUCCCUCCCUCUUCUGCCAGUGGCCUGGGGGUGUCCAGGCUCCCAUCCAUGGCCCAGCCCCUCUCCCCUCUGUCUUGAUCCCCCCUCCCUGCCCCUGGCUUCCUCUUCCAUGUUCUGCCCUUUCCCACACCUUUGUUCCUCAAUAGCUGGGGGCUGGGACUGAGGCCUUCUGCAGGUACCUGCCCCCCUUCACACAGCACCUCUCAAUCUCCUAUUGCUUGUCAGCCUGUGUGCGUGUGGUGCAGGAAAUAAAGGAUCUAUGCCCUGCUG